CUCCAUUUCGCCAUUUUCUUCCUCUCCGCCGGCGACCAGCCUCCUGUCGGGUUCGUGACCGUCUCUCCUGCUCCUGCAAGACCUGUCAGCCCAAAAGAAGACCUCAUUCAGAGUCUAAACCUCCUAGACUGAAGCUUUCCUACCUUUUUCUGCCUUUAGUUUUAGUCUCCCGAACGCGCGAGAAGAAUGGCCACCCAGAACCCCCUGUACGCUCCCUUCUUCGCAGUGAUGGGUGCCUCCUCGGCGAUGGUGUUCAGCGCGCUGGGUGCUGCAUACGGGACAGCCAAGAGCGGUACAGGCAUUGCUGCCAUGUCAGUGAUGCGGCCGGAGCUGAUCAUGAAGUCCAUCAUUCCCGUGGUCAUGGCGGGUAUCAUUGCCAUCUACGGCCUGGUGGUGGCUGUGCUCAUUGCCAACAAUAUCGGUGAUACCAUCUCUCUCUACAAGAGUUUCCUGCAUCUGGGUGCGGGUCUGAGUGUGGGUCUGAGCGGUCUCGCUGCCGGCUUCGCCAUCGGGAUUGUGGGAGACGCAGGCGUGAGAGGAACGGCCCAGCAGCCGCGUCUGUUCGUGGGCAUGAUCCUCAUCCUGAUCUUCGCAGAGGUGCUGGGGCUCUACGGCCUGAUCGUCGCCCUCAUCCUGUCCACCAAGGGUUAAUCGUUGCUCUCAUCCUCUCUUACACAUGAACAAACACACACACAGACACACACAAACAUCCUCCUGUAAUGAUACACAACGAGUAAACUUCACCGCCCGAAAAUGACGAGAGAGGAAUUUUUGCGUGCAUGCGUGUGUCGUGAGUGUGCUGUUUGCGACAAGUGAGCGUGAGAUUGAUCUUCCUCUCUGUGUAAAGUAGCCUGAUGUGUGUGUGUUUUCUUUCCCCCUGUAAAUGUGUAGCUAUCGCUCUCGUCCCGUGUGUGUGCGCGUGUGUUUAAAUAUAGACGCCCUCUUUCUCAUACGCUACACUGUUUUGUUCGUCAUCCUCCUUUUUUAUUUUGUUAUAAUUUUACUCUCCUUUAAAGAACAAAUCAACUGUUUUGUUUAGUUUGUUUCUCACUUUCGGGACCAUUCAUUCGAAUUAUUAAAACACUGAUGUUGAGGACCUAAAUGUAAAAAAAAGAUGGAUUAUUGCUGUUUGUUUGUUUGUUUGUUUUCUGUUUCUGAUGAUUAUUUAUGAAGAUUUUGAGAUGUUCAUUAAACAGUUUAAAUGGAUCAAAGUCUUUAUUGAAAUCCUGAAUAUAUAUAAAUAUAUAUAAUGCGCAUUAUGUGAGUGUUUGGGGGUGUGUGUGUGUGUGUGCGCGUGUAUCAGAAAAUAUAUAUAAAAAUAUCUGUAUAGGUGAAUUGCACUGUGGGAAAUUUGUGAGUUCUUUGGGUAUGUAAUCACUGAUUGCCAUUGAGAGCAUUGUCUUAAGAUAUAGAUGUGCAAGUGUAGUAUGCGUGUGUGUGAAAUGAAUGAAUGCAGUUUGUGAGAGCGCAUGUGUGCGUGUUUAAACGUGACAUUUCUUCAUACAUGUAGAGUUUUACCUGUAGUUGAUACUGUUUCUGGGUCUGUUCAUGGGUGAACACCAGCGCAGCUUGUCCAGUUUCCGAAUAAAAGUUCCUCAACCUUA